AUGGAUAAAGAGGAAGCCCCCAGAAGAAUGACCAGGUUUUCAGCAUCAACAUCAACUUCAAAUAUUCUACAUGCAACAAAAGGAAACAACCUUGAAACACUAACAACCAAUGAACUUUUAGUUGGAGGGGACUCCAUUAGCCUAGAUGAUAUAAUUGCCAAUUUUCCUGCUAGAAGUAGCCAAAUUCUUGAGAUCGCGCGUCUUUUGGGACCGUUGAAUUCACCACUACUUCCUUUGUUUAUGUAUGGAGGUGCUUCUACUGGAAAAACUAGUAUCAUUCUUCAAUUGUUUAGACAUCUCAACCGCCCUAUUGUUUAUUCUAGUUGUAGGACGUGUUAUAAUCAACGUAUUUUGUUCGAGUCUGUUCUAAAUCAGUUGCUUCUCCAUAGAAAAAAUGUUGCCAAUUGUUAUACAAAUGCUAAGCGCUGUGAAAGACCGUCUGAUUUUGUCAAUUUCCUUCGGGAAGCAUUGACAAGUGUUAUAAAUAAUCUGAAGGAGAAAUCAAACAAGUUGGUCUCAGGAAAUAAAAUACACGGGGGAAUGGGAAAUAUAAUCUACCUAGUAUUUGACAAUUUUCAUCUUGUUAGAGAUUGGGAUAAAAGCUCUACUAUAUUACCCUUGUUGUUUAAUCUCUAUGAUAUGCUAAAGAUGCCAGAGGUUGGUCUGAUUUUCAUCAGUGGUACUUCCCCAGAUACCUUUUACUCUAACAUGGGUUAUGUUGAGCCCAUCCCCAUUUACUUUCCUGAUUAUACUGAAGGUGAUAUUCGUCAAAUACUAUUGAGAAACCAAGCGAACCAGAAGUUGUAUUCUUCAUUUCUCGACGUAGCUCUGAGACCUUUCUGUAGAAUUACUAGGCAGGUUGGUGAAUUGUCUAAUGCGUUAAAGCCACUAUUUGAAAAAUAUUGCGAACCUUUAAGUGAUAAGGGAAAAGGAGUUAUCCCUACUGAAGACAUGAAGAGGAGGCUAUUCAAUCAUAUCAAGCCUCAUAUUGCCUCAUCUCUGAAUGAUGUAUUUAAGGUUUCGUCUCCUGCUUCAAGUAAAGUUAAGGUCGGUAAAGAGACAAAGCAUAAGGGGAGUCCUAAGAGAUCAGAGAGAUUUGAAGAAAUCGGUGAUCUUGAUUUUCAUAUGUCAACUAGUGCAAAGUAUCUUCUUAUUUCAUCAUUUCUUGCCUCCAGAAACCCUGCUACUCUUGAUGCUUCACUUUUUGAUUCCAAAGGUGGUUCUGAUAAUCGAAAGCGAAAAAGGAAGGCCUCCGAGAAAGUGCUGGAAAAGAAAGAAAUUUUAGAAGAGGAACUACUAAUGAAAGGACCUGGAACUUUCCCAUUGGAGAGGUUGAUAGCCAUCUUUCAGUGUAUUGUAUCUGUUGCAGAAGAGCCAUAUGAUGAAGAGGAGCCAAACAGCAAUGAAUUAGGAGCUGAAUGUAGCAAUGGUUCACUGAUCUCUGACGUUCUUUUGCAGCUAUCCACUCUCUGUAAUGCUAAUUUUAUUUUCAAAGGAAAAAGCUGUCCAAUUGAGGGUUCAACUCGGUAUCGAUCAACUAUAUCUGAAAACCUGGCCUUAAAGCAGGUUGCAAGAAGCCUAAAGUUCCCACUGUCAAAAUAUUUGUACAGAAAUUAG